CGACGACGACGAGCGAAGGGAAGGGGCAGGCCUUGGCAAUGGCCUCGCCCGCUGCCAGAGCGUGGUACGGACCGUCCCGCCACACCAGGGCGAGUGACUAUUGCGACCGCCGUCCUGAACAUGGCCGCCACACCCAGCGCCGCACACGUCGCCAACGGCGCCGCAGCCCAUCUGCCCGUGCUUGUCGUCGGCUCCGGCAGUACUGGCCUUGCCUUCGCCCAGGGCCUCCGCAAGGCGGGCAUCCGGUGCAUCGUCUUCGAGAAGAAUGCACCCCAAGUCGGCGAGCGAGACUGGAGCAUGGGCCUGCACUGGGGCGCGCCAGUGCUCAAGAGCCUCAUGCCGGAUGAGUGGUGGCCGCGCAUCCAGAGCGUUCACGCCGACCCCUCGGAACCGCCCAAGGAUCCCGACACCAUGAAGUUCGUCCAGGGCGACAAUGGCAACACCAUUGCAGCCUUUCCCAUCAGCAACUUCUACCGCUUGCGCAGGAGCAAGCUCAGAGAGCUGCUCUCAGAACAAGUCGACAUCCGCUACGAGAAGCGCCUAGCCAGCGUCACAUUUGCUGAGGAUGCACAGUCACUUACAGCCCACUUCUCUGACGGAACAUCGGCUACUGGCAGCAUGUUGGUCGGCGCCGAUGGUGCACGCUCAACCACUCGCCAGUGUCUGCUGGGCCCCGAGUUGGGUGCAAUCAACAAGAUCCCCUACUGUGCCACCUUUGUUGAAUCCAGCUACUCCAAAGAGCAGGCCCUCUUUUUGCGAAGCUUCCAUCCUCUGUACCUUGCCACUGCACAUCCCGAUAAUUACAUGGGCUUCUUCUCGACCCAAUCUGUCGAGGACCCUGAGGACCCGACCACCUGGACCUUCAAGUUCUACAUCUCGUGGCGGAGCAGUCUGGAAGAGCAGGAAGCUACGGCCCACUGGACCGAUGCCCAGCGCCUGGCACAGCAAAAGGAGUUUGCAAAGAAGUUCUGCGAGCCCUGGAAGAGUGCGUACGAGUGGGCGACUGAAGAUGCUGGAGUGUGGUACAUGGGCAUGACGGAGUGGGACCCUGGCCAUGAGGGCCAUCGAUGGGACAACCACAACGGCCUCAUCACCAUGGUCGGCGAUGCCGCCCACCCAAUGACCUACCAACGUGGCCAAGGCCUCAACCACUCCCUCACUGACGCUGGAAAGCUCCGCGACACCCUCGUCAAGAUCCGCGAAGGUGCAGACAGAAGCCAAGCUAUCACCAGCUUCGAAGAGGAGAUGAUUCAGCGUGCGGGAGACGAAGUGCGCAGCUGCACCGUGAACACGGCCCUGUUGCAUGACUGGGAGAAGGUCAAGACCAGCCCCUUCUACAGCAAAGGUAUGGCGAAGAAUCACUAGCGAAAUCUGUUAUCGUGUGGGAUAUGUGCGCUGCCUGGCAAGGAACAGCACAUGUACGGAUGUCAGAUCCACAUCCCUUGCAACAUCUGCAUCCUUACUCCUGCCCGAUCUGCUGCCUAAGGAACGACUCCAGAUCAAAUAUCCUCUACACAAUGUAUACACACACUCUCAUGUCCAUAACACUGUUUCUCUUCUCCCUAGAUGUUUCGUUUGUCUUAGUCACCGCCGCGAUUUGCACCAGCAUCGUACAUGACGACCCCAUACUCUUAUGAUCUUUCAAAGCGGUUGCACAAAUCUCUCAAUCUCAAGCCACAGUGCUCACUCAAUCAACAAAUCGACCAAUCAAUAGUAA